AUGACCAACACAGCGAUGGUUCCAAACAAGACAACUUUACCACUUGAGAUCUCUGCAGCACCAUUCAACUGGGUGCUGUUGCAGGCUUUAUCAGAACACGGAUCCAAGGUCUUCCCCCAGUUUGGAGGCUUGUGUGACACUGCCAGUGUCUGGAUGCUGGUGCAGGCUUUAUCAGAACACGAGGCCAAGCUCUUCACCCAGACAUUGUGUCCAUCCACUUUCAAAGGUAGCGCUCCCUGUUUUACAGCUGAGGCAAAUUCAGAGAUACGCUUGUUGAAGUGGACGGAUGGAGUGGAUGUGAUGGCGAUGCCCAGGGCUUUCUUAUCAGCUAAUAAGACGACAGUUUCCAGGUUUUCUGGAUCUUCAACUCUCCCAGUAUAGGCAAGCCAGUCCAUUACAUCUGAGUUCCACUUCAAGGCACUCGCAAUGGCUGAGCCAACUCCAUCUGCGAAUCGACUUUGAGCAUCAGAUUUAGGAAGAUUAUCAGUUGAGCACCUCGAUCGCAGAAAAAACUUUUUAAUCUUCAGCUUGAUAACUCUGACUGGGCCCUCUUUCAGCUCUCUGUAACAUUUCUUGAUAUUAGCAGACCAUCCACAUUUCUCUCCUAUGUUCCACAUUCCCUUGAGAGAUUCCCAGAGUGUAUCGACUUUGACAAAGGAACCCUUGAUGGUCCAAAAUAUCUGGAAGUAAUCGGAGCAGUCGAGAUCACAGACGGACGACACACCAUUUCCUGGAUUCAGGUAACAUGGUGUAUGAGAGGCAAACGCUUUUUCUCGAAUCUCCUCACAGGUUGGAUCGUCGACCCAUGGCCGCAAUAGUGGCGUCAGUGAGACUUGGAGGCAUUUGCGAACUCCAUUAACCCAGUUUUUCCCGGUUUGACUGAACUUUCCAAAGUUUUGGUCAUACAGCUUGCAAAAAUGUUCGGCGUAUUUGAUUGCAUAUCCAUUACUUGUAGCUUCACAGGGAUACCUCGGCUCCUCUCCAGGCAGUUGCGAUACCAAUCACAGGAAUCCCCUGAUGGACUAUAGCACUCUGGAGGCAGUAAUGUAGUAAUGUUUGGAUGUGAGGUUGGAUUGCUGGGAGUACAGGAACAAUCACUCGUCACUGAUCCAUAGUCCUUGUUAUGCACUUCAAGCAUACACUGAUAACAGCAGUAGGUUGCAGCUCGGUCUAUACACUGAUGUUUUUGGUCGCUCUUUUGCUUCAUGUAGG